AUGCAACUGCAACUGAUUGCAGUUUCAACAGUGAAGAUGAAUAAGAAAGCUGUGUUGAUUGGAUUGAAGCACACACGGAUGGAUAAUGUUGAUGAUGUGAAAGGGAAGAUAUUGAGGAUGAAGAAAUUCCUGAUGGAUCUUCGAGGGUUUUCAGAGAACAACAUCACUCUCUUGAUUGAAGAUGGAGAAGAAGAUGAAACACAACCCACUCAUUACAACAUACGAAUGGAGACAUUCCAUUUGGUUGAUCUUGCUAAACCAGGUGACGUCCUUUUCAUCCACCUCAUCGCCCAUGGCUGCUCUGAUGGCUAUAUCACUACUUCUGAUAAAGUACCCAUCCCAGAUUGUCAUUUCAAGGGUCUUCUAAGGAAUGUUAGAAAGGGUUGUGCACUCACAAUUGUAUCCGAUUGCCUAAUUCAACAUCAAAAUGACGGCGUCUUCCGUGAGUCAUUUAGAAAAAUGACUCACGGUGAUACACUAAAAAAAUUGUGUGUAUAG